AUGAAGGAGUUCCACCUUGUCUGUGACAUGAUGCGUCCUCGUGGAGUAACACAAGAGCAGCUCAACCUUAAACCCUUCCCCUUCUCUUUGAAGGAUGUAGCUAAAGAUUGGCUAUACUACCUAUUGUUGGGUUCUAUUCAUAGACGACUUCAUUGUGUAUGCUUCUCUGGAAUAGUGUUAAGACGCAUUGUAUCUUCUAAGAGCAUAGAAGUUGAUAAGGCUAAGAAAAAUAUCAUAGCUAACCUUCCCUAUCCUGAAAAUAUAAGGGAAGUCUACUCUUUUCUUGGUACUGCAGAGUUCUACAGGAGGUUCAUCAAGGACUAUUCCAAAAAUGCACUCCCUCUAUCAAGCCUUCUUAAAAAAGACGUCGUAUUCAAUUUCAACAAAGAAUGCAAGGAAGCUUUUGACACACUUAAGGAGAAGUUGACAUCAACUCCAAUCCUUCAACCACCCCGAUGGGACUUACCAUUUGAAAUCAUGUGUGAUGCUAGUAACCUAGAAAUGGGAAGCAGUAUUGGGACAAAGAGUUGA